AUGGCGGGUCCAGAGCAGCACGAGGCGGUAGCCAUUGUUAGGAUGGGGUGCCGAUGGCCUGGGGGCGUUCGUAACGCACCUGAGCUUUGGGAGUUUCUCGUAAACAAGGUUGACGGUUGGCGGGAGUUUGACGAGCCCCAGUUUUCGACCCGAGGCUUCUAUCAUCCAAACUCGGAUCGCCCAGGUACUAUGUCUAUGCGUGGUGCAUUCCUGGCAGAUGAAGAUGCCCGUUUGUUUGAUCAUUCUUUCUUUGGCAUGACUCGCUUGGAGGUAGACACCUUGGAUCCAUCUCAACGAAAAUUGCUUGAGGUAACAUAUGAAGCUAUUGAAAAUGCUGGUGAGACAUGGGAAAGUGUUUCAGGCUCGCGUACAGGCGUUUUUGUGGGCAAUUUCUGCCUCGACCAUUGGAUGAUACAGUCUCAAGACUGGGAUAACCCGAGACCCUACGCCUUCACUGGUGCCGGAACUAGUAUUCUUGAAAACCGAAUAAGCUAUAUUUUCUUUUUUCAAGGACCAAGUCUGACUGUUGACACUGCCUGCUCAUCCUCCAUGUAUGCUUUACACUUGGCUGUUAACGCAAUCCGCGCUGGUGAUUGUGACUCGGCAAUUGUCGCAUCUGCCAAUUGGAUCGCAGAUACUGGUGUCCAGAUUGCACUUGAUAAACUCGGCGUACUUUCCGCAAGCUCGAGAUGUCACACCUUUGAUGCCAGAGCCGAAGGCUAUGCUCGUGGUGAGGGAUAUGGUGCUAUCUACUUGAAAAGACCUUCUUUAGCCAUUGAGCAACAGUCGCCCAUCCGAGCAAUGAUCAGGGGUACAGCUAUCAACUCCAAUGGCCGAACAGGGGGUAUUACACGGCCCACGAUAGGCCGGGGGUUGGGCUUUGGGCCCGGGUUCUAG